UGGUCCCAUUAACGAUGAACGAUGACCGAGGUAGCAAUUAUAACGCUGGCCUUAACUCAGACACUGCCGUUGAACGAUCAGUUUAGGCGCACACCAUUACGAGUUUUAUAGUAGGGUCAGCUAGAUAUGGCCGUCUCAAAAGCUGGCGUUUUGUCCUUCAUCCUGCCGGUCUUCCUGGCAGGUUUAGUCACCCGUCCUCUGAUUCUUGAAGAUUACGCGAAGCAGCUCGCUAAUCACGUGCAGAAUGCCAACAUUUCGGUUGAGGUUGUGUCUGAGAAAAUCAACCAAGUCGCCCACAGUUCUGACUUCAAGUUUGUUCUUGUCUACGGACUUGCUGCUGUGCUGAUUUAUUUGGCUGUUCAGCUGUACAAGGCGGUGACUGAGCCCUUGGCACUCUACUGCGACGAGACCAAAUAUACGUAUUUAGUGGACGGCCCAGCCGACGGCAAAUCGGCUGAGGAACGAGUGAGGGAUAUGAAGAGAUGUCGGAAGGUCGGAGAUGUUCCUCCUGUCUACCCGAAUGGCUGGAUGUCUAUCCUGAUGUCGUCUGAAUUGAAGAAGAAGGAGCACAAAUUCGUGUCCGUUGCUGGUAAGAACUUGGUGGUAUUCCGAGGAGAAAGUGGGCGGCCCUACGUCGUUGACGCCUACUGUGCUCAUCUAGGCGCCAAUCUGGCCAUAGGUGGCUCAGUGCACGGUGAAUGUAUCGAAUGUCCCUUCCAUGGCUGGAGAUACCGGGGAGAAGACGGCAAGUGCGUCCAUAUUGGAUACGCGGAAAAAGUCCCCGACUUUGUGAAGAUCCCCACCUACCAGUGCUGCGAAGUCAAUCACAGGAUCUGGCUGUGGCACCAUGCCGAAGGCAAGGAACCAGACUGGCAAGUCCCGGAGCUCGAACAUCUAACUAAUGGGAAACUUCAACCUGUUGGAUUCACGGUUUGCGAACUCGACAGCCAUAACGAGGACACCCCUGAAAACGGAGCUGAUGUUUCCCAUCUAGAUUAUCUUCAUGGGCCGAGGGCAUUCGCUGGCCAGGCCCAUUUUAGUGACGUCAGCUGGGAGCCACAUCCUACCAUAAAGCACGUGGCUGAACUUCGUAUGACCAACCAGCAUCAUGAGUUGUUUUUCGGACUGUUGAAACUGCCGAAAAAUACCUUCCAAAUCGAUCAGAUAGGACCCUGCUUCGCCCAUUUCCACAUGGACAGUCCCAUGCUGGGUGAGCUACAAUUGGUCUUAACCGUCACUCCUAUUGGACCCAUGCGACAGAGGAUUGUGACCACUGGGUAUACCCGGAGAGGACCUAUCUCAUUCUACAUUGGCAAGAGGGUCUUGUAUGAACAGUUCUACCAGAUUUGGGGUGACCUUCCGGUGUGGGCCAACAAGAAGUACGUUCGUAACCCCCCGUUUGUGAAGGAGGAUCAUCUGAUAGCGAAACAUCGCCGAUUUUUCGCCCAGUUCUACUCCGAGAACAGCCCCAAGUACGACCCGAAAGAGGAAUCUAUGGAUUGGUAAAAUUCCUGUCGGGGGUUAAAAAGAAAGUCGCUCAAUAGCGUCACUUUUAAUAUUUUGUUCCUCACGAUCUACAAAUAAUUAGUUUUGACUGGAGUUACUUCCUUCUUUUGCGUUUUUAUGUAUUUAUAUUGAGAUACAUCAAAAUAGAGUAGUUGCUGACAUUGGAACUGUUGUAAUAUUCUUUUACGAUUCGAUGGGUUAAUGUAAUAAUGCUUUAUUGUUAUCAACUAUGCUUUAAAAAGCAAUCAAACCAUUUUUUUUUACAAUUGGGGAUGGAGAAGCGCUGGGUUUUUUUUUUCAUUAAAGAAUAUGAUUAAUCUUUCGCCUGGACAUCAAAACGUAGACCACCCGAUACGUAAACAUUAACACUUACACAGUUUCUUGUUAUUAUUUUCUCAAACGCUACGGGUCUAUUGUCCCGAAGGCUACAAUCAAAGAUCAGCUUGAAAGUUACAGAAAUGCUAUUUGAUCAUUGUAGCCCAUACCUUAUUCAUUUUCCCAAAAUCGUAAUGGAAAUCGUGUUGACGUGUUCACAAAGAAAAGAAUACGCAUCAUCAGCAUAACCCAAAAAACUGUUAAACAUGAAGGCCCCAAGCUGUGGAAUUCUCUCAAUCCGUCUCUUAAAAAGGUGUCAAAUGUAUCAUUGUUCAAACGCAAAUAUAAAACCCAAUUAAUUAACAAAUAUGUGGUAGAAUGAUCUCAUUUUGUAAGACCAAAUAGCUCUAGUUUUAUUUCGUAUUACUAGCUCUGUAUCAAUAGUUUUUGUUAUUUAACUCCUAUCGUUGUACUUCUAGUUGUAAUUAAUUGUUAAUGUUAUUGUACUUGUAAUUGUAAUUGUUCUUUAUUACAGUUGGGGUCUCCACUCGACAAGCUUAUGCUUUUUGGAGACCUCCAUCCAUCCAUACACAAUAAUUCAAAUGUUAAAUAAUAUUAUAUGUAAAUGUAUGUGUUGGGAAAAAUUAAAGAUUUGAUUGAUUGAUUGAACAUUAUGAACCUUUUUUUAUAUCGUAAAAGUAUUAAGAUAAACGUUAGGAAAAUGAGAUGUCAACAUAAUUCAUCAGGUGUUUCAUGCUUUAUACAGGUUUAGUUUUUUCUACUCGUACUGUAAACAGGCUUCUAUCGGUAAUUUACGCAAAUCGUUGUGAGCUUACACUUUUUAUGUUUUAAUAAAGCUUUUGAACGUAAGUUGGUUGUGUCAGACAGGUAGAUCAUCAAGGGUUGUGAUUUGCACAAGGCAUUCUGUGAAUAAAAGUUCGAUA